CAAGAAAAAUAUAUAGUCCGAAUUGGCAGUUUGGUGUAUAUAGAACAUGAACGUAUUACCAAAUCUUUACUCGUGCGCCUAACUAAUAGUCGAGUGUUAGUGUUGGUACUUGUCAAGAUAUUAAAUCCAUCCUUCGUGGAUUUGAAUCGUUUUUAUACAAAAUAGCAAGCAUAAGCAUGGACCCAAAGCAGCGUAGCAUGUUGGAGAGUUUUGUACAACUCUGUAAGCACAACCCAGCUGUUUUACACUCGAAGGAAUUGUCGUUUUUCCGAGAAUGGAUUGAAAGUAUGGGAGCAAAGAUUCCUCCAGCUCCUGAAUCAACAACAGAUAAACCAUCCCAGCCGGAAGAAGAAAGAGAUGAAGAAAUGAAAGAAGAGGCAAAGAAGGAACCAGAGCCAGAGCAAGAGCCAGAAGAAAUGGAAAGUGAAGAAAGCGAGGAAAGUGAUCUUGACAUUGAUAAAGAAGGAUGUGUUGAACCAGACACAGAUGAACCACAGUCAAUGGGCGAUCCAUCUCUCAUGGUAACAGAUGAAAUGAGAGAACAAGCUAAUGAACUGAGAAAUCAAGGAAUGGCUGCCAUGAGUGAAGGAAACUUGGAAGAUGCCAUAAAACUUUUCACUGAAGGAAUCCUGAAAAAUCCUAAAUCUGCUCCUUUGUUUUUCAAGAGAGCAAGUUGUUAUGUUAAAUUAAAGAAGCCAAAUGCUGCCAUAAGAGACAGUACAAGAGCUAUUGAGAUUAACCCAGAUUCUGCACAGCCCUUCAAGUGGAGAGGACGAGCACAUGAGCUGCUUGGUAACUGGGAAGAAUCUGCACGGGAUCUACAAUCAGCUGCAAAACUAGAUUUUGAUGAACAAGUUGAUGAAUGGCUCCACCAAGUAGGACCAAAGGCAAACAAGAUUGCUGAACAUAAGAGAAAAUAUGAAAGAAAAAGAAAGGAAAGGGAAGAAAGAAAACAGAAAGAAAAACUAGAAAGAGCUCAAGCAGCUAGAGAGAAAGUACGAAAGGAGCAAGCAGAAAAAGAAAAAAGAACAUCUGGAAAGACAAGAGGUGAAAUGCCUGGGGGAUUCCCUGGAGGUUUCCCUGGUGGAAUGCCAGGGGGAUUCCCUGGGGGAAUGCCUGGGGGUUUCCCUGGAGGGAUGGCUGGAGGAAUGCCAGGCGGAUUCCCAGGUGGAUUCCCUGGAGGGAUGCCUGGAGGAAUGCCAGGGGGAUUCCCUGGUGGAAUGCCACAAGGAGCACCUAAUCUCACUGAACUUCUUCAGGACCCAGAGAUAAUGGCGGCAUUCCAGGACCAAGAAGUGAUGGCCGCCUUCCAAGAUGUGAGUCAAAAUCCACAGAACAUCAGCAAAUACCAGAACAACCCCAAAGUCAAGAAAGUCAUAGAUAAACUCUCCGCAAAGUUUGGAAGUGCUGGAGCUGGAGCUGGAGCUGGAGCAGGAGCAGGAGCAGGAGCAGGAGCAGGAGCUGGAGCUGGAGCUGGAGCAGGAGCUGGAGCUGGAGCUGGAGCUGGAGCGAGUGGAGGACCACCCCCUUCUGCCAGUGCUGGUGGUGUAUUUGAUGUUCCUGACAUUGAUUAAAGACCAUGUACAACUUACUCCAUCAGAAUAGUCACUAGAUAGGUUAUUUGGAAAUUUAAAAGGUGUACAAAUGUAAUGUUAUAGGAAUAGUAGUUUCAUUCCCUCUUGUCUUAAGUCAGCAUUUGCUACAUUUAAAUCUCUCAAAGCGGGAGUCCUGUGUUUUUUAGAGAGAGAGGACUGAUAUUUCUACACUUUCUAUUUCGAAAAAGCCCCUGCUUGGGUUCCCCGUGGAGGGACUUCAUCUUUAUAAUAAUUCCAGUAGUUUUUGUAUUUAGUAACAGUACCAUAUGGUAUUCACUGUAGUCUUGAAAGUACUCCACAGUCUUGUUAUAUCCAUGCAUAAAUAUCAAGAUAGUUUACCUCGUAUCAAGAGUACAGCUAGAAAGUUCUUUUUUGAAGAAAGCAUAAAAGGAAAAAAGGACUUUGUUAUUCCUAAAUUCUCAUCCCUGCAACCCCUUUCUAGUGAUGUCUUUCUCCCAUCUGUUUUAAGCUUUGGCCUUCAAAUCAUGAUCAGGUGUAGAUGUUAGAAGCACAUUGACAUAUUGUUAUAGCGUUGUUAGCAUUAUAUAUGCAUGUAGCCAAUACUCUAUUUUACUGUUCCGUUCAGUGACCACAAAUAAUACUUUCAUGUCCAGGUUGGAGUUUCUUCACAUUAUAGCAAAACUACAGUUUAUCAUGCGCGGCAACUCCUGGCUUGGCUUGGGACUAUUAUUUGUGGUCACUGAACAUAACUGUAAAAUGGAGUAUUAGCCUGUGUAGUGGGCCUUCAUUACCUGGUUUCUGGCUAUCCUCUCCACUUCCGAGAGUGUAACAAAUGAAUAAUGAUGAUUAGUGGCUGUGUUGUUAAGCUGUUAAUUAGAUUUGUGAAAAAUAAAGAUGUUAUUAGCUGA